UAAAUAACCCAACCUACUAAUCAUACGACGCGGAAAAUGCGAUUCUUGAGCUCUGUAUCGCGCAUUUUUGGAGUUGUGAAUAGAAAGUCAUCAUCAACUGCCAUAAAAACGGUCGCACUUAUACCUGGUGAUGGAAUAGGUCCAGAAAUAUCCGCUGCUGUUCAGGAGAUUUUCAAGUUUGCUGAUGUUCCUAUCAAAUGGGAUCCAGUGGAUGUAACACCUCAACCCGCAGAAGAUGGUCGCUUCCGUAUGCCACAGUCUUCGCUAGAUACUAUACGCAAGCAUGGAAUCGGGCUAAAAGGUCCAUUAGCUACUCCGAUUGGAAAGGGUCAUCAAUCUUUAAACUUGGCAUUGAGAAAAGAAUUUAAUCUUUAUGCCAAUGUUCGACCAUGUAAAUCUAUCGAAGGUUAUGAAACUCCUUAUAAAAGCGUUGAUUUGGUUACAGUCAGGGAGAAUACCGAAGGCGAAUAUUCUGGUAUAGAACAUGUGAUUGUAGAUGGUGUUGUUCAAAGUAUUAAAUUAAUCACUGAAGAAGCAAGUCGACGAGUUGCUAAAUUUGCUUUUCAAUAUGCAAAAGAUAAUGGUAGACGUACUGUAACAGCUGUGCAUAAGGCUAAUAUUAUGAGAAUGUCAGAUGGUUUAUUCCUUCGUGUCUGCCUUGAAGAAGCCGCAAACCAUAGGGAUAUUGAAUUUAAUGAAAUGUUUCUAGAUACUGUCUGCUUAAAUCUUGUUCAAGAUCCAACUCGUUUUGAUGUAUUAGUUAUGCCUAAUUUAUAUGGUGAUAUAUUGAGUGAUUUAGCCGCUGGUUUAAUUGGUGGUCUAGGCGUUACACCAAGUGGUAACAUUGGUGAAAGUGGAGCUAUAUUUGAAUCAGUACAUGGUACCGCUCCUGAUAUUGCUGGUCAAGAUCGUGCCAAUCCAACAGCUCUUCUGUUUUCAGCUAUUAUGAUGCUUCGUUAUAUGAAUUUAAAUAAGUACGCUGAUUUAAUUGAAUCUGCUGUAUUGGCCACAAUUCGUGAAGCAAAAUAUCUUACAGCUGAUCUUGGUGGUCGUUCCACUUGUUCUCAAUAUACCAAAGAAAUAUGUCGUAAAAUUGAAGAGAAAGCCUCUAAACGCUGAAGACAAAUUGUAUCGUCUAUAAAUAUAUACAUAUGUAAUUGUUUUUCAUUUCGUCAUUCAAUUCAAAAUGACUGAAAAAAAAUGCAAAACAAAACAAAACAAAACUAUAUUUAGCUAAUAAAUUCUUUGUAUAGAGUAAUAAUAAUUAUUUUUCAGUUUCAACUUUGUUAUCAACUCGUAACACUAAUUAGUAUGAGAUAAUAUUUACUUACCGCUACUACUACUACUACUACCCCGUACAUUUUGUCUUGUCUAUCUUGUGUUUCCUUAAUCUCUUCUACUUUCUUUUUUUUUCUUUGUUGUUGUUGUGAAACAAUUCACACGAUUUCUAUGCUAGCAUAAGUUGUUGUAGCUUCUGUUGUGAAACAUUUCAAACACACACACACCGUGUUUUGUUCUCUUCUCCCUUCUUCUUCUUCGUCUUCUUCUUCACAUUUUGUUUAAAUGAAAUAAAUAUCUCUUUAAUGCAUGGAUUAUCAUUUCCAUGAUACGUUUUUUUUUAUCUCAGUACUGUAAAAUAUAGGAAUGAUUUACAUGCUUAAUCAUAAUUCUUUGAAAAAAAAAUGAAAGAUCUAGGUUUUUGUGAAUGUGUUUUUGCAUGUUUUCAAUUCGAUUAGCUAAUAAAAGCUUUCUAAUCAA